AAAAAAAACCCCUCCAGAGUUUCUCUCUCGAGGAAACGUCGCAGUGGCCGGAGCAAGAGGCGGAAGAGUGAAAACGAGGCACCUGAGCUGAAUGAUGAGAAAAACGAAGAGGUGAACACAGAGAAGGAUGACUGGUUGGAGGAAAUGCCUGAGAGCCGUGCUGCCAACACAACCGAGGAAACAGUGUCUCGUAGCAAUGAGGACGCUACAAACAUUUCUUUCAGUGAUGAUGAUGAGGACAUGAAUGUGGACUUUGACAUGGACAUGGACACCGAUGAGGACACUGUCAGAAAUGAUGAAGAUGGUGACCCAAACGGCUCACCAGCAACGCCUUUGAUACCAGAUGUGACAAAGCAGGACAAUGACAGCAGUGAUACUGAGAAGAACAAUAGCUCACCUAGCAAGCACCCCAGUGUCACAGACCUUGACAUCGAUUCGGUGAACAAUGUGGAGAAAACAGAUCGAAAGAAAGGAGGGGAGCAAAAUAACUGGAUGGAUGUGGAUAGCGGGAGUUCCUCUGGCUUCUUAAAUACAGAAAAGAACAACAAAUUAUCAGCUGCAGUGAUCGGAAUGAAAGAAGUGAAGAUAUUAAUCCCUAAACUGGACAUUGAGAAGUUUAAGGCUCCAGUCUACAUUUCCCAGUUAUCAUCUGAGUAUAAGUCCAUCAAGUCGCCGGUGAAAGCUCAGCCCGUCCAAGACAAGCGUCGAACAUCCUCCACAUCCACAAACGUCAAAGACGAGCCGAACUAUGCAAAGGUGACGGAGAUGACCUGCUCCCACUGCAAGAAGAGCAUGGCGAAGGGUCAAACAGCUUACCAGAAGAAAGGAUUCACAGACGUCUUCUGCUCCAAAGACUGCCUUUUCCAAAUCUUUCCCAUCAACAAACCAGUCACCAAGACGUGUCAUCACUGCCUCAAGGCGAUAUCGCAGCCUCUUGACCUCAUCAUGGCUGCAGUGGACAUUAAGGGAACUAUGAAGGACUUCUGCAGUGUGACCUGUCUGAUAUCUUUUAAGUCCAACCCUAUGUCCACCCAAACACCACAACAGCUCUGCAGCAUGUGCAACAAAUCCUGCACUGCCACAUGCGAGUUGAUUCUGAACGAGGAUGUCCACAAAUUCUGCAGCCACUCCUGCUUAGAAGAUUUCCGCAGGGACACCGUGGCCAUCUGCGACAACUGCAGCUCCAUCUGCUGUAACAAUCUGCUGCAGCUGAAGCUGGAAGAGGGGACCAAAACCAUCUGCAGUCAACAAUGUCUGGACGAGUUGAAAGAGAACACCAAGACGCCCCACCGAUGCACCAUGUGCCACACUUCUCAACCGAUUUCAGGCAUGGUUCAUUUCAAAAGCGGCGAGAACACGGUGGAGCUCUUCUGCACCCGCACCUGUCUGAGAUCGUACAUGCUUCGGCCCGCACCUCUUCAAGGAAAGAAACGCUUGGAUCAGUUGAAGAAGAGGAGAUUCACACAGAAGAUACAAAUAUUGAAUGCUGAGGAGGCAGACAUCAGUACAGACUCCACGGCGAGCGGGAAUGAUGCAUCUGCAGCUGCUGAAUCGUGCACCAAACCAGAACUGAUCAGUGCAGACUCGUGCGUUAUCUGUUGCAAGUGUAGAAAGAGACUGCCGAGAGGAGAGACACUUUACCGGACGAAGAGCUCACUGGAGGUCUUUUGCUCAGCCAAAUGCCUCUCUGAAAGGCAUCCCCAACAAGUCAUCAAAAACUGCUACAACUGCUUCCAGGUGAUAAUGCGGCCUCACAACAUGAUCCUGGCUCCGGUGGAUGAUUCCGGAACUAUGAAGGAAUUGUGCAGCGACACCUGCCUUGCUUCUGUCAACUCCAAGAGAAACACGGCGGCCCCCAAACCUCCAGCUGCAGGACCUCGAUCAGAGUGCAAGAUGUGUGCCAAAUAUUGCUAUUGCAAAUUCAAGCUGACCCUGGAUGGCUGUACCCAGAGAAUUUGCAGUAAGGAAUGCUUCGUCAACACCCACAGAAUCAACAACUUGCCGUUGUCCAUUUGUGAUGUCUGCAGCUCCGUCAGCUUCGACAAAGGGUUCAUGCUGAAGGCGGAGGACGGCAGUCGAGUCAUCUGCAGUGAAGAAUGUCUGGUCAAGUUCAAAGAGGAAAUUGAGACGCCCUGGCUGUGUACCAUGUGCCAGACGGUCCAUCAGUUGUCGGACAUGGUUGAAAAUAAAAAUAUUGAGGGCAGGUUGGACUUCUUCUGUAGCAACAGAUGUGUGAUGGUACACAAGGCUCAGCCUUCCACUGUGUCAGGAAGGAACAGCCCAUCACCUGAAGAGAAUUUCAUUAAAGAAGUGAAGCCAUCACCUGAAGAAAGUUUCAUUAAAGAAGUGAAGCCAUCACCUGAAGAAAGUUUCAUUAAAGAAGUGAAGCCAUCACCUGAAGAGAAUGACAUUAAAGAAGUGAAGCCAUCGCUACCGAAUUUGGACUGCAUAAAAGAAGAGCCCAUGGAUGAGGGGUACAACCAGAAUCUCCCAUCCUUCAUAUCCACAGACGGUAUCAAGGAUGAGCCUAAGGCAGGAGAGGAUGUGGCUAAGGAGGACUUGAAGAUCGGGUCAGUCUUCUCCUUGACGGAAGACUCAUCUACGUCCACGUCUACAACGGCAACUGUCGCCCACAUGGAUUUGCCUGCGUCUUGCUCCAACUGCAAACAGGUCCUGAUGGACGGGGUGACUGUUUACCAGAGGAAGGGCCACGCUGACAUCUUCUGCUCCACUCCCUGCCUUUUGAAAUUUUACCAAAUGAAACAAGUUAAGAAGACCUGCCACUUCUGCCUUCAGGGGAUAACACAGCCUCAGGACGUCAUCCAGGCCCCGGUGGAUAAUGAGGGGACAACAAAUGAUUUCUGCAGCCGGACCUGCCUGUCCUCCUUCAACUACAAGAGAAUCAUGUCCACCAAAAUACCCCUCGUGCCAGUCCUGUCACAGUCGCAAUGCAGCAUGUGCAGCAGAUAUUGCAUUAGCAAACAUGAGAUCAUAGAGCAGGAUGUCGUCCACAAGAUCUGCAGCGGUCCUUGUUUCCUCCGCUUCUGCAACAUGAACAAUGUGUCCAUCUGUGAGAACUGUCACUCCCGCUGCAACACACCUCUCCUGCUCAAGAUGGAGGACGGCAGCAAAAAACUCUGCAAUGCGGAGUGUCUGGCCCAAUUCAAACAGAAAAUCAAAGCGCAGCAGCCAUGUGCCAUGUGCCGCAAAUCCCAUUUAAUGUCAGAUAUGUUUGAAAACAAAAACGAUGAGGAUGUGGUGGAGCUCUUCUGCACCAGCAGCUGUGUGAUGGCAUCCAAGAUCCAGGCUGUCAGUGCAUCAGGUGCUCCAUUGGAUUGUGACAACUGUGGUAAGACUACAGUACCAGCCUGCCACCUCGCCAUGUCAGAUGCCUCCAUUAGAAACUUUUGCACUCUAACCUGUGCCAUGUCUUUUAAGGAGUCCCAGAAAGACAUGAAUCCUGCCACAACAGGAGCCUCUGACCUAACCCAAUGUGAUUUCCUCAAACCGCCUGAGAAACUGCCGUGCGCCCAAUGUCGGCGCAUUAUAAAAGCUAUGCCCAAAGUCAUCCAGAAAAAGGGCAAAAUGAAUUUUGUGUGUAGUCUGGCCUGUGCUCAAGAGUUUAAGACGGUCAACAACAUCAUUGGCAUCUGUGAAUAUUGUAAGAAUGAAAAGGUCAUCAAAGGCGUCAAGAAGGUCGACGGCAAUGACUGCUACUUCUGCAGUGAUGGCUGCAAGAUACUCUUUCAACACGAGCUGGAAAAGAAGUGGGGGGAACACUGUGGCUUGUGUGCUUACUGCUUCUGCAUCUCUAAGACGGUGGUGAAAGCAAAGUAUGACGGCACCGACAAGGAGUUCUGCUCCGACGACUGCAGCUCAAAUUACAAUAUGCUCCACUGCCGUGUUGCCAAGUGUGACACCUGCGGUCGCAACGGUAAGCUGAGGCAGAGUCUUCCCCUGCUGGGAGAGGUCAAACACUUCUGUGAUCUGAGGUGUCUCCUACAUUUCUGCAAUAAAAAGGUCCAGAUUAUCAACAACGUCUCUUUACCUCCUCGAUCUUCUGACACAGUGGAGUCCUCCCCCGUCAUCGCUAACGUUAUCUCGCUCGCUAGCGCUUUGGCUAGUCAGCCCAGUGCCUCUGCCAGCUCUACACAGCAUGUCUCUGUCCCUGACAUUCAAACAAAGGUUGUUGGACAUGCCAGUAUUCAAACAGUCCCCACAAAGCUGAAGAACAAGUCCAUACUCUGCACACCAUUGGUCCACAACAAAGGAGUCUCCUGUACGACACAGACUGUCGACACAGAGGCACAGACAGACAACUUUGUACCUAAAGUCAUAGUGCUGCCUGUCCCAGUGCCGGUGUACGUUCCUCUGCCUAUGAACAUGUACAGCCAGUACACACUGCAGCCUGUGGGCCUGCCCUUACCGCUUCCUGUGCCCGUGUUUCUUCCCGAUCCAACUGCGACAUCAGUGAAGAAGAGGUUCCAGCCUGACCUGCUGGAGGGAGAGCUCAGCUUCAAGUCUGAGACGAAGAAAGCACAAGAUGAAAGGAACCAGGGAGAGGACAGAGAGGUGACAAAAGAGGGACAAGGACAAGAAAGUCCUGCUCCAAAAGACCACACCAGUAACCGCAGUGAUGACUUGGAUUCAGAUCAUCAGGCCACUUUCACCAACCAGGAAGACUCCUCCACUGACACCAGCUUUGGGUCACUCUGUCGACCACACACCCACAAAAAGCCACCUCCGGUUUUAGAGGUGGGUAUGCCUGGUGAGCCUCAACCUGAGCUCCCACCUCCAGCUGCUCCUCCUCCUCUUCCUCCUCCUCUGGAGAUGAGAGGGGAUCCCCAGAGCUCAUCGAGCUCUGAACUGGCCCCUCCGCUAUUACAGCAAACUAUGGAGAAAGUCCACAACAAGAAUAAGGGUCGUAAGCUGCAAGAGUGGUCCAAAGCAGCUAAAGAGGAGACUUCUCAAAGAGAAAGGGUCACGUCUAGGAAGCACCACAAACUGAAGAGUCGAUGUGGAAUUGACGCCUGGAAGAGAUGGAUACAGUGGAGGAAAUCACAAACCAACCUGGAACUCGUUUCUUCUCACGCUGUGACGUUAGAGGAGGAUGUUCUUCGUUGCUCUUCGACCGAGCUGAGCGAUAGCCUCUGUUCUUUCAUUACUGAGGUAAAACGACCUGAUGGAGAGCCGCACUCCCCCGACAGCCUGUUCUACCUCUGCCUCAGCAUUCAACAGUACCUGUUUGAGAACGGUCGCAUGGAGAACAUAUUCAGUGAUCUGAUCUACAACAAAUUCUCCACCAAGUUCACCAAGAUCCUGAAAGCUUUCAAACCCUCCAUCGCAGCCAGCGGUUAUAUCCAUUCCCGUGUGGAGGAGGAGUUUCUGUGGGACUGUAAACAGUUGGGGGCGUACUCCCCCAUCGUCCUCCUCAACACUCUGCUCUUCUUCUGCUGCAAGUACUUUGGCUUCACCACGGUGGAGCAGCACCGCCAGCUGUCCUUCGCCUACGUCAUGCGCCACGUCAACACCAAGACCACCUUCCUGCGUUUCUACCCGCCAAUAUCCAUAAACGAGGCUAAGUCAGAUGCAGACGGCGUACCUGCUAAGAAGCGUAAGAGAAAUGAGAGUAAAGAGGAUAUUGUGGAGUUGAUGGAGAACAUAGAGAACCCUCUCCGCUGUCCAGUCAGACUCUACGAGUUCUACCUCUCCAAGUGCUCAGAGUCGGUGAGGCGGCGCACCGACUUGUUCUACCUUGAGCCGGAUCGCUGUUGUGUUCCCAACAGCCCGCUGUGGUUCUCCUCCACCCCUCUGGACGACAGCACCAUGGAGGCCAUGCUCGUACGAACCCUCGCCGUCCGAGAGCUGCAGGGGGAAGAUGGAAGAGCUGUGGACCAGCGGAGGUCAGAUGACACACUGUUUACACCCGACGAGGAGGAUUCACAAUGAUUUUUUAUUUUUUAUUUUUUCUGGAGGUGGCAUUUGAUAAUGUCUAAGAACUAAAGAGAAAUACAUUCCAUCUUAUAGAAAUAAAGAAAUGAUGUCUCUCAAUCUCAAAACUACAAAACAUUUUUUCAUCAAGUCAUCCUCAGGUUUAAUUAAGAUUAAAAGAUUAAAUGUUUGACCAAAUACUGAAAGCUCACAACCAUGUUUUGUGUCUCUUGUGACUUUGAUCUCUCUGCAGCCUGAUAUCAGAUUAAAUAAACUUUA